GUCCAUGAAGCAGCGACCUGUAGUAUAUAAGGAGUGCUCCUGGCUCCGUGUUGGACCACAGUCGAACUUGAAACACCAGCGACAUGUACUCGAAGGUAACUUUGAUGUGUUUGGUGGCCGUGGCUUUGGGGCGCCCUGACAAGCCUGUCCCCACUGGGUAUGGGUAUGCCCCACCAACCCCAGCAUACACCCCACCUCAACCAUCCUAUUCAGCCCCUCAACCAACCUAUGAGAAACACGAGAAGGGGAUGCCCUUCGACUUCGAGUACGCCGUCAAGGACCACUACAAGGGCGUCGACUUCGACCACAACGCCAACUCAGACGGCAAGGUCGUCAACGGUCAGUACCGAGUCGUCCUCCCCGACGGUCGCACUCAGAUCGUCACUUACACCGCCGACCACCACAACGGGUACCAGGCUGAGGUCACUUACGAGGGCGAGGCACAGUACCCAGAACCCAAGCCCUACAAGCCAGCUCCUUCAUACUCCGCCCCAGCUCCUUCCUACUCGGCUCCAGCUCCCACUUACGAACAACCCAAACCUCUGUAUGUCGCCCCACAACACUGACCAAAGUGGCCCAUUUCACUAUCAAACGCAGACUUAUUUAUGUAUUAAUAAAAAUGAACUGAUUUAAUAAUAUAUGAUGACCUCGAAAA